AAAAAGAUGGUGUUUGACGGAGAAGCCGCGUCGUCGCUGGUGAAGGAACUGAGGGUGAGUUUCAGUUCCGGUAAGACGCGAAGUUACGAAUGGAGAAUAUCGCAGGUGAAGGCUCUUUUGAAAAUGAUGGCUGAACGAGAGGAUGAAAUCGUUGAUGCUCUUCGUUCUGACCUUGCUAAACCGCCACUCGAAACGGUCGUCUACGAGAUUGGUAUGUUUAAAAACUCAUGUGAACUCGUGCUCAGGGAAUUGAAACAAUGGAUGACACCAGAAAAGGCUAAAACUUCAAUCACAACUUUUCCGUCUUCGGCUGAAAUCAUACCUGAACCACUUGGUGUUGUGUUAGUCAUCUCCGCGUGGAACUAUCCAUUUUUGUUGUCCCUUGAUCCAGUUGUCGGAGCUAUAGCAGCUGGUAAUGCUGUGGUUCUAAAACCAUCAGAAAUUGCUCCGGCUUCAUCUUCACUGCUGGCGAAAUUGUUAGGGGAGUACUUGGAUAACUCGUCUAUAAGAGUUGUGGAAGGAGCGGUGGAUGAAACUACUGCCUUGUUGCAACAAAAGUGGGACAAAAUUUUCUACACAGGUAAUGGAAAAGUGGGACGGAUAGUGAUGGCUGCUGCUGCAAAACACCUUACACCAGUUGUUCUUGAACUUGGAGGAAAAUCUCCAACUGUUGUUGAUUCAAAUGUCUAUUUAGAGGUAUUGAGUAAGGCCGAGUUUGUGUUGAUUAGUUUGAGUUUAUCUAUUGACUAAAACCGUGUUUGUAUUCACAAGGUUGCUGCAAGACGGAUCAUUUCUGGCAAAUGGGGCUGUAACAAUGGACAAGCCUGCAUUUCUCCUGAUUAUCUUAUAACAACAAAAGAAUUUGCUCCGAAAUUGGUAGACGCGUUAAAGACUGAAUUGGAAAACUGUUUUGGAAAGAACCCAAUAGAAUCCAACGAUUUGUCGCGCAUUGUGAACUCUAACCACUUUGCUCGCUUGUUAAAGUUCUUGGACGACGAUAAGGUUUCUGGCAAGAUUGUUUAUGGAGGUGAAAAGGAUGAAAGCAAAUUGAGGAUUGCUCCAACUAUUUUAUUAGACGUUCCACAAGAUUCUCUGAUAAUGAGUGAGGAAAUCUUUGGUCCAUUGCUUCCGAUAGUCACGGUAAGAAUAAAAGCACACAAAAAAGAACUCAUUUUAUGUCAUUUAGUUCAAAUUUCA